GGCGGCGUUGCCGGCUCAGUCGUUGUGCGGGAGUGGUCGCCGAGGGAUGUGUGGCAUCGUAACCGCGAGUGUGAUCGAGGAAUAAAGAGCCGGCGUUUUUUAGUUCUCUCGUUCGCGCUUAGUCCACGCUCUCUCGUUUGUCCAUCUCCCUCCGGCUUUAGCGGGAAAUAAGAAAGAGGAAGAGAGGGGAAAAAAAUCCGGGAUAUCGGAUCGCGUAGUAGUCGCAGUCCGUCGUCUCGCGGCACGCAACGUUCCUACACCGCUCGUCUCUCCACCGCACGCUCGUCUGAUUCGAGCCGGUGCACGGAUCUACGCACAGAUCGUGUAUUUACUUCAUUAUUUAUUGUACAAAGGACUAUAAGCCAUAGCCGACACAAUGUCUGUGGAUAAGGAGGAAUUAGUGCAGCGUGCGAAGCUUGCCGAGCAGGCGGAAAGGUACGACGACAUGGCGUCCGCGAUGAAGGCGGUCACCGAGACGGGAGUCGAGCUGUCGAACGAGGAGAGGAACCUGCUCUCGGUGGCGUACAAGAAUGUCGUAGGAGCGAGACGUAGCUCGUGGCGGGUAAUCUCCUCCAUCGAGCAGAAGACCGAAGGCUCCGAACGCAAACAGCAGAUGGCCAAGGAAUACCGGGAAAAGGUCGAGAAGGAACUGCGCGAGAUCUGCUACGAUGUAUUGGGACUCUUGGAUAAGUUCCUGAUCUCCAAGGCUAGCAAUGCCGAGAGCAAAGUAUUCUACCUCAAGAUGAAGGGUGACUACUACAGGUAUCUCGCAGAAGUCGCCACCGGUGAAACCAGAAAUACCGUGGUAGACGACAGCCAGAAGGCAUACCAAGAUGCCUUUGAAAUCAGCAAGUCAAAGAUGCAGCCUACCCACCCGAUCAGGCUAGGUCUCGCCCUCAAUUUUUCUGUCUUCUAUUACGAGAUUCUCAACUCACCAGACAAGGCCUGUCAACUGGCCAAACAGGCGUUCGACGACGCGAUCGCGGAGCUGGACACACUUAAUGAAGACAGCUACAAAGAUUCCACAUUGAUCAUGCAGCUGCUGCGCGACAACCUCACUCUGUGGACCAGUGACACGCAGGGCGACGGGGACGAGCCACAGGAGGGCGGCGACAACUAACCUUCCUAAGCUUAAGUCCUUUCUAAACCUAAUAAGAACAUCCUAUUCUCUAUCGUCCCCCCGUCCCCCUGAAGUGCUCACCCAUAAUGUCCAUCCACCCGGAUCCAUCCAUCCAUGUCCACCUGACCUCUCGUCCCUCGCGUACCUCGUUUCCUUCUUUCCUUCCUUCCUUCCUUCCUUCCAAUCGCAGGCCUCCCUUUUCCUUAAAUCUCUUGUCAAAACAACUGAUUCUCUCUUUCUCUUUUUUCUCUCUUUCUCUCUCUCUUUCUCUCUUUAUCCUGACAUAACCACACACUUUGCUGCCGAUGCCACCGCCACAACUACAUUUGAUUCGAAAAAUUCGAACGUUGGGAGUAUCCGAUUUAUCCAUUUAUAUGCUCGAUUGUGUCCUCUUUGCGGAUGAUGGCAAAAGAUGGAUCUUAAAGAUCCAGAUUAAGAUUAACACACAAUCAGAAGUCCAGAAUACCUGGAAUAGACUGAAAAGACAAGAACGUUGAUCGUGAAACGUAUAUCGAGUCAAAAUAAUGUGUAAAGAAAACCAUCAUCAGCAAGGAAGGACGAUUGAACGGUGUAUGGAUCAUUCGAUCUCUCGCGGCACGAAAUUUCUUAGACAAAAAGAAAUUCCGUUUAUUGACUCGUUUAUAUGGAGGAACAGGAAGGAGCGAAUUGUGGAUGAAUAGAGGAAAGGACAGGAGGAGACACACAUUCACAACUCCCCCGCAUACCCUGUCUCGUCAAUGAGAAAACAGUUCCACGCGCGCGCGCACGCGCGCGUGCAUCUCAUUAUCGAUAACGCACAUAGCAAAGAGAAAAGCAAAAGGCUAUAUUAUUAAUGCAAGAAAGUGAUGUACUAAACUAAAGUAAAAUCAUAUACAUUGAGACGAGACAUGGAAUGCAGAGGACCGACCGACCGACCCACUGUCAUUAAUCCCAAAAUCUGUUCGCUGCUUACCAUUUCAAAAGAAAAACAAAGUUAGAACGAAAAAAAGAGAAUCACAAGAUAGCGUAAAGAAACAGCGCGGAGGUACGAGAAGAACCGAAGAGAACGAGAAAAAGAAAAAGCACGCAUGAAUCUACUACAUUAUAUCCAGUUGUCAUUUAAAUUAAAUUUCACAUUGUCUAGCAAGUAACGAAUAUUAUUAUACAAAGGGAAGAACGCAGGAGGAGAAAGGAGAGUAAAAACAAAUACAUUAAGUUAUUAAGUUCCAAAACGAACAUUAGUAGUGAUUUUUCAAACACACUAUAUUUUUAUUUUUUUUUCUCCUCUCUUACAUUACCAUCAUGCACACGAUCUGCAUGCAGUGCAAUGAUAUGUCUUUUCCCGCGAGCCUCUCCUCCUUUUUCCUUUCUCCACGACUGAAACCUCGUGAAUUCACCGAAAGUCCAAAGUCGCGUGGUCCGACAAUGUCGGAUUAAUUUCCUUGAGUUCCUUUUAUCACGUUUCAAUCUUAUCUUUACACAUAAUUACACGCGGAGAGAAAAGAUUGAAUCGAUCAGGGUCGUCGGUAUUGUGCACCAUUAUUUUCAUCACAAUCGUGUUGUAACGCAAAGAGAAGGAGAGGACGUUUCUCAUCGUCGUUCUGCUCGUCGUUGCGGUCGUUCGCACAAGUUCUCCCCAAGCUUAGCGUGAUCGUGGAACGGAAUGCGGAAGAAUGAGGACGGGAAUCUUGAACAAGAGCCGCUUAGAGUUCCCAUUGUCAUCGUCGAGCGCAGAGAUUACACACGUACGACACGUUAUUAAGAGAUCGUUAUAUCCUGGCGUGUCCGGACCUUCGACCUUCCUCUCGCUCUUUCUAUUCGACCGCUCCUCGUCUCUCUCUCUUUCUCUAUAUACGCAAUUAUAUAAUAUAUACACCACAGAUAUACAUAUUUAUAUCACUUACUCUUAGCGAACUCGUAGAGCGCGGUCGAGAAGAAUGGAGAGAGAACGAAUUAUACGCACACAACAUACGAAUAUAGAUAUAUAUAGCCAUGUAUUUACUUUUGUCCUGAGAUAUUCAUUUCUGAGAGUUUGCGAGAAAAUUACGUGUUGCGAAUUACGAUAAUUGCUUCUCGAAGAUAGUGUUGUGUAAGGUAGAGUACCAAAGUCUGGCUCUCUCGAGGAAAAUUAAAGCUCGUAACGCUUGGCCCCUCGAACGAGGUGUACACAUCGAAGAAAGUCAUGGGAAAAAAAAUUGCAUAUGCAUUUGCACAUGCAAUCACUGAUUGGUUAAAUCAAGGCGAUGUUGAUAAUAAAUCAUGCAUUGUACUCAAAUUAAUUGCGUUGUCAACUUAUAUAUAUGUAUGUAUGUAGGACUUCGUUCGACGUGUACCACGUGUAUUAUGUUUUGAAAAGUGAUCUAAAUAUUUUGAUCACGUUGUUAAGAGAAAGGCAUUCUACAUUAGAGAGAAAUUGCAAGAUUCUAACGGGAGGUCAAAGACUAUCCAAAACUCACGCUCUUCGCGUUCGCCAUCGGACGCGAAGAGAAGAAGUAUAAGAAGAAGAGACGUGAAACGAGGAGCUGAAUGCUUUCUCGUGCUCUUCUCGUAUAUAUAUGUAUAAUUAAGUAUAUGUAUAUACGCGCGCGUAAUUGUCAGCACAUAUAUAUUCAUACAUUCACACACACAUACACACACAUUUAUAUCACGCAUAUGUAAUAUCGUUAUGGGAGACAGCCAGUUUCAGCAAGUUAGUCGCUAAUUACACGUGAAUGGGUAAACGUUUUCCUGUUAUCGCGUUGAUAUUUCUCGAUGUAUAAUCGGUGUCUUUAUCGCAACAAGAUUGUCCAUAAUCGCCGGGAAGGGAAAGACACGCGGGAAUAUCUUUCGAGUUGCCAGGAAGGAAGAAAGAAACGGAAAUGAAACGAGAGUGAGACGAAUGCGAAGUCGAAGAGACGAUGAGCAGUGACAGGAUCCGAAAUAGCGAAAACUCUUCCUCCCUCCUCCUCAUUUUUCUCCUUCCGUCGAACAGGAGCAAGAAUGAAGUGUGUGCAAUUAAAGUCUCAUAUGAUAAUCUAUCAAUUUUACUUCUAUCGCAAUGGAUGGAGGGUAUGAAAAUCGAGCCUGUAUUCUGAUAGAAGUAUCUUGCGAUUUACGUCUGUUAUAGAAUGAGAUCUUUUAAUAUCGAGGUAGGGAGAGAUAAGAUACAGACGACAAGAAAUUAGAUACAACGUAGUUCAAUAUUUACGCGACUAUCGCGAUUUGGUAAAGAUAAAAUAAGAGAUCGUGGGAAUUCUUAUGCUUGUUUCUUGUUGUCUAAAUCUUGUUCUUGCAAUUCGUUCUGCUAUUGAAGAGACUCAAGAUUGAGGGAGUCGAACCAUGGUCGAAAGAUUACAAAAACAGGUAUCGGUAAAAACACUCCUCCAACGGCCCUAUCUCUUCUGGAAGGUCCUCGGUGAACGUUCAACGAGGGCUGCCUAGACGAGACUAGGCGUGUGUUGUAUGUGCGUGCGUGUGUAAUCGGAAAUGGCAGGAUGCGAAGGUCAUCACGAUGCAUCGGAGGGUGAUAUUGACCUCGAUCUCGCAUAGCAGGCCCUCGGAUGUAAACAUUCUCUUUUCAUUCCCAUCUCUUGCGAGUCCUCUUGAGGCUUCUCUUUCACUUCCGAGUACACUGUUCCUCCUUUCGCUCCUUUCGAAUAUACUCUUCAGGGAUGUUUUCUCCAAUCUAACUUUAUCCUUGUCUCAGUCGCCCACCACCCGAUUCAACAAAUCGAACGUUAACAUCUUGUGUUCUUUUCAUUUUCUGGAUAUUAUGAAUUUUCCAAAAUAAACGUUAUGUUUUUUUAAUAAUCCUGGUAGUGACUUUACUCUCGGUCGGAAGAGACUUUAUCAUCAUCAUCAUCACUAUCAUCAUCAUGAUCAACAUUAUCAUCAAUAUCAUCCAUCAUUAUUAGCAUCAUCAUCCUCGUCAUCUUCAUCGUCAUCAUCAUCAUUAUCAGCGGCUUCUUAGCACAUAAUUUCUCCGACCCUGUUUGCUAUCCAGAUCCUCCUUUUUUCAACAGAUUAUCUCAAAUCAAAGACACGAGCUAUUUUUUGUUAGAACAUUUCGUGCGUACGUCGCGAUUGCGAGAGGAACAACGACGACACGUCUCUUUAUUCCAUUACAAAUUUGCUUACACGAAUUCAUCCUACGAUUUAUCCUUGAUAUCCCCACUUCCGCUCUUUUCUUUAUAUGAAAAACCAUAGCCAUCCAUUCAACCACCUAUUAUCCGCUCACGCGAAACUUAUCCAACCAUCCAAUUCUCUCCGCCCUUUCUCCCCUUUUCCUCCCUUCUAUUUUACCCUUUUUCUCCCCGUCCCAAAUUACGUUGUUCUAUUUGUAUUUAUCAUCAACUCAUCGUAAUUGUAAAUUAUAAUUAUUAUAAACGUUUACACGAAAUAAUAAAUUCUGAUAAAAUGUCUGAGAAAAAAAAACUAUAAACCCACGGUUGUGUCUUGCUUUGUGACGACGAUUGCCAUCGUGCCGGAGAAGUUUGCAAACACCGAUGAUGUUUCACGAUCCCGGGACAAAAGUCGAGAUUACAUAACAUGUGGACUUCAUUGCGAGUCGUUUUAAAGGAUUCUCGCAAACAUUCUCUUAUCAACAAGAUGUUUCAUUGGAUCGGAAUGACUAUUCUCUUUCGGAAUCCACGAUUCGCGACACUUUGAAACGAUUCAUUUUCGGUGCUUUUUAAAGAAAAGUAUCUUAAUCUGCGAAACGCUAAGUAAUCUGAGUAAACGCUUGAAAUACGUAACAUUUUGAUAGUAACCAUAUAAGAUGAUUACUCAUUUACUCGAAUUUUGUAUCAGUGCUGGACGUCACAAGGGUAUUAUGCUUAUUAUUCAUGUUUCCCAGAAGCGCUUUUAUUUUAAUCUUAUAUUGCAAAAUCCUAUGUGCAAGUUCAUCUUGAUUCCACAAAAUGAUAUUUUCUAUAAUUUUUAUCCUGCUGCUUUUUUUUAAUAAUUUGAUUUAUUAAUCAUAUAUGAUUUAACGAUCAACAGAUUCGUUUUUUUUUUUUGCGCCAGCUCGGGCAAUAACAAUAAUUGCUGCAUCGCCGCAAAAGGAAAAUAGAAAGAGAGAGAAAGAGAGAAGAAGAAAAUAGAGUGUCAGGAGAGAAUUGCGUGAGGAGGUGUUUGACACAGUCGAAGUUUAGCAAUAUUGAGAUCGAGAGCAUACGAAGGAGUUACGAAGACUUUUUAUGGUAUUUAAAACGCAAAGAGAUAUUUAUUGUCAUUAUGAUUGUCAUUAUGGGUAUCGUUGCGCUAGAUGUAUAUCCCCCGCCCUUUCGCAUCCCCGUCGCCCUAUCCUACCCUGCCCUCCCCUUCUGCUCGUUCCUCCAUUUUUCUUGUCGAUGGUAUAUCUACACAUAUACUUGUAUACACGACUUACGCAUUAUGUAUACAUACAUAUAUAUAUACAUAUGCAUACACCAGAGAGAAGACACGAUAAAAAAGAAAAAAAAAAACGACGCGAUAUACAUAUAUGUAUAUGUACGCGUGCCUUUUCCGACAAGAAAGGCCUACCUACGGUUAAUCAUGCUAAAUUUUUUGCACAAUUUAUACGUGUAGCCGAUACGAAGUAACGAGAUACGGUCUUUUGCUAAUGAGAGUAGCGAAUUAGCACUUUUAAACGUGCGAGUGACAGAACGCGAAGUGGUCGCGCGGUGGUAAUGAGGGAUAAAUUCGCGAGUUUAAAAAAAAAAGGGGGGGGGAAACAAGAGAAGAGAUUCCGAAUCGAGCGUGCGAGCGCCGUACUCCAUCUCGCUUGUUCGUCUCGCGGAAUUGCUCGAUAUGACGCAGCCACUUGUCGCGAGACUAGAUAGAGAGACGUGUAGAACCAAGGCGAUCUCAACCCGUGGGUCGCGUGACGUCCUUCGACAGCCCGGAAGUCGGUACGGACGGACGACCGAGGAUUGAAAUCCAAAGGAAAAGAAUCUCUUGUCUUCGAGAAGAGGAGAGAAAGAGAGAUCUCUCGUCCAGGACGGGGUUGAGAAUCUCCACGUUAGGUGUAGAAUACCAUUUUCGUGCGGUAGACGAGCUCCCGCAGUAGACAUUCCUAGGGACACCGGGGCGGCAAAACCCGAAGGGGUUGUGUGGUACUUCAUUCUCCGAUCAUACGACUUCGUUUAUGUAUUAAUCAGAUUUGACCUGAGAAUUUUUUUAUUCGAUUCACACACAGAAAUGUUAGAUAGACAGGGAGAAGAAAAUUAUUUAAACUUCUGUUCACAUGUAUGGAAGGCUGAAGGAGUACACAGAUCUAGGACGAAAAUAAAAGUCACUUUUUUUUUUUAAGGAAAAUAGUAUAAGCUCUUUUAAAAUGAACUUUUCUAUUAAAAGAAAAUAUAUUUAUAUGUACAUAUAUUUUAAAAUAUUUUUCAACUUUUAUGUUGCAAAAGUCUUAAAAAUGGCAGUACUAUAGCAACUCACGUCACUUGCUGACUUUAAACACGUCAUUUUGAGAAACCUUGUACUUUCCUAAAAAAAAAAAAUUCUGAAUACACACAUUUUUAUCGCUCUAAAUAAAUGUAAUCCUUCGGCGUUUCUUCAAUGAAGUUAUUUUCAUUCGUUACUUUUUAAUGUAUUAACAUUUUUAUAACUUCAUUUAUAGGAAUAUAGCAUUUUCUUUUUUUUUUUUUCAUCACAUUGCGCUUGGUGUGUAUUGCGUCAGAUAUAAAUUUGACGCAAUGUUGCGUCAGUUCGCCUUUGGUUUUCGUCGACCAAAUGUUAAAAGGGGAAAUUCCUUUCCCCGUUACAAUAGUGAAAUUGAAUCUUCCGAUGAAAUUGAUCUUUUCCUUUUCUUCGCGAACAUUGAUUUGUAUGCGGCCCUCGAUUUUGUCGCCGCGCGAGCCUCGCUAGAACAAAGAAUUUUUCCUCGGUUUCGCUCUUCUACGAUUGUAGCCUGUUUUUAGCUGUCAUCCCGAAAAAUAAUCCUCGUCCGCUCCCCCGCCCCUCCCUUCAUUAUAGAUCAAUGCCGUUUCAAUCGAAUAUAAUACACGUUAAAUGGAUUAACAAAGACGACGCUGAUACUUGGCGGGGUGGUGUUUGUAAAUAAAAGCUGUAAAAGCGA